GAAUAAGAAUAAGAGAAAAAAGAAGAAGGAGAAAGACUAACCACUCUCUGCUUCUUUUACCUUGACUCCUACGGCCUGUACAGAAUCUCGCGCUUGGGUUAUUUCGAUCCGACUACAUGGUCCACCAGGACGGCGACGACCUGCAGAUCAAACAGGUCGAGUUCAACACGAUUGCAUCCUCCUUCGGCGGGCUCUCGGCCCAGACCUCUCUGCUCCACAGACACCUCUCACAGACGUCGUACCCGCUGCUCAAGGACGCCGGCGCACGCGCCGCCCUCGACCUGCCGCCCAACGAGAGCACUAGGGGCCUCGCGGCGGGGUUAAAGGCAGCAGCCGACGCGUACGGGCCGUCGGAGCUCGGGCACCGGACGUGCGUGGUGUUUUUGGUGCAGGGCGGCGAGCGCAACGUGUUCGACCAGCGGCACCUUGAGUACGAGCUGGUGCGGCAGACGGGCGGCGCCGUGCCCGUGUUCCGCCUGCCAUUUGCCGAGAUCCUCGCCCGCACCAGCAUCGCCGCGGGGUCCGCCAAGCGCCAGCUCCUGUACCACUUGCCGAGCGGCGGCGAUGGCGACGGCGACGGGGAGGGGCCCGUCUUCGAGGCCGCCGUCGUCUACCUCCGCGCCGGCUACGGGCCGGGCGACUACCCGGACGCGGCGGCGUGGGAGGCGCGGUUCCAGAUCGAGCGGUCCGCCACCAUCGCCUGCCCGUCGGUGCUGACGCAGCUGGCCGGCAUGAAGAAGGUGCAGCAAGUGCUGGCGACGCCUGGAACAUCAUCAUCAUCGUCAGCCAACAACAACAGCAACACCCCGCCCUACUCGACUGCGCUGCGACGGUUCAUCCACGACGACGCGAGCCAGGCGGGGCUGUGGCGGACCUUCACGAACAUCUUCCCAAUGGACGCGUCGACGGCAGCCGGGCGCGAGGCGCGGCGGCUGGCGACGGACGCCAUAGCGUGCCAGGGGUACGUGCUCAAGCCGCAGCGCGAAGGGGGCGGCAACAACACGUACCGAGGGGCGAUCCCGGGGUACCUGGCGACGGUGCCGGAGGAGCACUGGGGGUCGUACAUCCUCAUGGAGCUGAUCACGCCGCCGCCGCUGAGCAACACGAUCCUGCGCGGCGGGAAGCUCGAGCAGGGCGGUGUCAUCUGCGAGCUCGGCGUCUACGGUACGUGCCUGUGGGACCAGAGCUCGAUGGCGGGCGCCAUCCUGCACAGCGAGGAGAGCGGCUAUCUCCUGCGCACCAAGGGCGACCAGAGCGAGGAGGGCGGCGUCGCGGCCGGCUUUGGCUGCAUGGACUCGUGCAGCCUGGUGUGAAGUGCAGAUUUGGUACUUGAUUUGGACCUGACAAUGUCUAUACUUUUUCGAUACCGUUAUAACCAAGACCUGGAGCAAAGUGCUUGCCAGGCUGUGACAAAUCCAUAACCCCCAGCGCUAGAACUAGAUCCAGACCAUAAG